AUCUGCAAUUAAUUAGAUAAAUAAUAGUACAAAAUUAUUAAUAAUAUUUCUUGGAUGCUACGUAAUUAAUUACGUUUCUAUUUGUAAUUUAUUAGUUCAUUAAUUGACUGAUUAAAAACUCUAGGAAUUUUAGAGUUUAGAUGUUGACAACUUGGCGUUGUUGAAAAACAAAAAAAACAACAACAAAAAAAAAACAAACGCGUGCCACUGAUUAGAGUAAACAUGGCGGAUAAUACAUCAAUUGUCACAAUUUCUGGUGUAACACUUUCAUUAUUACUUUAUGAAAAUGUUCGAAGUGAAGGAGAUCAGAUGGGAUUUUUGCUUGGUGAAAUUUAUACAUAUGUCACAAAAAGUUUGACUGAUGGUGAACAUCAAGUUGAAUCAGUUAAAACUCAUAUUGAUAUUCAAAAUGUUUUAAGAUGUUCAAUAAGUGACUUGAUGUUUGAUUCAUGUUGUAAAAUAAAUCAUGAUAAACUUAAACAAAUUGUUAAGGAUAAAACAAAAAUUAUUGGAUGGUAUAUAUUUCGUAAAAAUUCAUCAUUAACACCAACAAUAAGAGAUAAAUUAAUGCAUAAACAAUUUGCAAAUAUAUUUUCUAAAAAUGAUAAUUUUAUAACAUGCAUGAUGACUGUUGGAUUAACAAAAACUCAAGGAACACAUAAAUUUCGUCAUGUUUUUUUUAAUUAUACAUUUGGUGAUUAUCAUCCAGUUCCAUUACGUAUUAAUAAUUUGGGUGAUGAUGCAACAAAACGUGAUGGUUCUGAUUAUAAAAUAGCACCAACAAAUCAAUUUCAACCUGGUCUUGAUGUUUUCACGCAGUUUGUUAAAUCAUUAAAUAUUGAUUUGGAUCAUACACCAGGUGUUGUGUCAGCUGUUAAAAUUCAAAAAGCUUCAGAACAACAUCUUGAAUCAUUGGUUAAAAAAGUAUGUGAAAGUGAUAUUGAAGUUGCUGAAUUAGAAAAAAAAGUAUUUGCAUUAAAAGAAAAUAUAUUUAAAACAAAAAUGGAAAAUAUUCAAACAAAAACAAAUCCAUUUUUGUUUGAUGAUUCUGUUGUUCAAUCACCAAAGCAAGAAUUUUUAAAAGAAACAAGAAAAAGUAUUAGACCAGAUAUAGCAAGUCCUAAAAUUACAACUAGAGAAACUGAUGUGGCUGUUAAAAAUUCACCAGUUAUAUCAGAAAUUGAUAUACCAGUCAAAGCAUCCAGUACUCCACAGAGACGCUCAUACAGUAAAGCCAUAAUAAAAAAAGAAGACAUGGAAUGUUGAUGAUUUAUAAAAACUACCUCAAAAAUAAUUCCAAAUAUGAUAUAUUAAUUUUUUAUGUUGUUGAUAAAAAAUAAAAUAAUAGAUAAUGAGUAUUUUUCUUUAUGAAAAAAGAAAAUAUUAUUUAAUAUUUUCAUCAAGGCUGGUUUCCUAGACAAUUCAAGUCUACACAUCAUGUGUGUUGUAAAUAAUUAUUACAUUUUAAUAAUAAUAAUAAUAGGCUACUUUGA